UCCUCCUACACUUAGAUCUCAACAGUGUACUCUCACGCUCAUGGAUUAUUUUCAUACUUAACAUAAAUGAACAGACGUUAAGCCCUUCAAAAUUGGGUGCAAGUGAUUGUAGCCAUAAAACUUUCAGUAGUUUCUUUGCUGUGAUCUCCCUCUUGGUAGCCCCCAUUUAAUUGAUUUUUAAUAUAUUCCUUGAAGAUCUCCAUCUGCGCUUAUGGAGGGCUGAGUUCUUUAGCUGCUACUUUUUCUGAAUUGAAUGUGCAAUAUGAUUGCUUUCUUUCAGAGGGGAAUCUCUGCUUGAUUAAUUCUUUAUUUGGGUCGUUUCAGUUGUUUUACUAUUUCACUGCUGCCAAUACUUGUAUGACAAAGUGUAUUAACAGCAUGACCUUGGAACAACCAUUUCAUAUAUUUAAGUAUGUUGGACAUGAUAAGACACAACAUUUCAUGAAUUCUAUAAUACUGUAAGAUUUUUCUUGCUCUUAAUCCUUUAAAUUUAGCAAAGUUAGGGAAGACUUCAUAGGCAUAAUGUCAACUGUUGCAAAAUGCAAUUUACUUUAUAAAUUUUGAAAUUUUAUAACUGGUGUCGAUUUUUCUAAUGAUCAUGUGUUGUAUAGCCAUGUAACUGGUUCAUUACAUUUUUUCCGGUACCCAAACAGGUAUAAAUCGGGAUAUCGUGAACUUAGAUCUCCUUUUUUGUUGUGAACGUGAAUAAUGGGGCCGAGGUGGAAAGGAAAAGGGGCAGAAGUUAAAGCUCUUGCAGAUCCCAUUUCAGAGAUAGUCAGCCAGCUCCAAUCUUCUCUGAUCAGCUCAAAUUCUCGAGGAUUGCUAUCUGGUAUGAGUGUGCUUCUUAAAGCAGAUGCAGAACUAACUGACGUCCUCAAUCGUGCAUGUUUUGGUAGGCCUAAGGUAACAUCAGAAAAGAAUGAGCAAUGGUUUCAGCUUUCCGUGGAAGAAGCUUUUUACCUUCAAUAUUCUCUAAAAUGCAUUAAGAUUGUUGACCACAAUGACAUAGAACUGAACAGCUAUGAGUUAUGGAAGCAUAUGACAUCCAGGAAAGAAAAAUUUCCUAUCUUGUUCAAAGCUUUUUCUCACCUUAGAAGUAAAAACUGGGUGGUUAGAUCAGGCUCUCAGUAUGGAGUAGACUUUGUUGCGUAUCGUCAUCAUCCUGCUUUGGUACAUUCUGAAUAUGCUGUGCUCGUUUUAUCAGCACAAGAUGGUAAUGCAAAUGGUCGCUUGAGGGUUUGGUCUGACUUCCACUGCACUCUUCGUCUUUGUGGUAGUGUGGCGAAGACAUUAUUAAUUCUUGAUAUUGAGCAACAACAGAGUUGUGCAACUUCUCCAUCGUGCUUAGAUAAUUAUGUUGUUGAAGAGAGAACAAUCACAAGAUGGAGUCCAGAGCAAGGCCGUGAGAAAAAGUUAAACCCAACCCAAGUGUAAGGUAGAUUGACUGGUUCAAGAUUAAUUCCUACUUUAUCUUGUACUAGCUUAGCAAUUGUAUUGUGACUUAAAAGUACUACAAUUAGUACUGUGUAUAACUAUUAAUACUCUGUAAGCAGCGUUUAAUUCCCUAUCUCUUGUAGGCAUUUUGGGCUGAAUUUAUGCCCAUCAGAAA